AUGCACACCCGAGCCAAGUCUGUCAUGUUGGAGCCUUCUCGGGAUUUGUACAUUCAUGUUGGCUGGCCUUUGUACCGAAAAUAUGGUCAUGCUUUUGAGGCAUUCAAGUUAAUUGUUAAUGAUCCUGAUUCAGUUCUUAAUUCCCUCACCCGUGAAGUUAAAGAAACUGGCCCUGAUGGAAAGGAGGUGACUAAAGUGGUUCCUGCUAUGUCAGAGGAAGUUAAAGAUGCGUUAAUAAAAAACAUUAGGAGAAGAAUGACUCCACAGCCAUUGAAGAUUCGGGCUGAUAUUGAAAUGAAAUGUUUCCAGUUUGAUGGUGUUCUUCACAUUAAGGAAGCCAUGCGGAAAGCUGAAGCGGCUGGCAAUAAAGAUUGCCCAGUGAAAAUUAAACUUGUUGCUCCUCCAUCAUAUGUUCUUAAUACCCAGACACUUGACAAGGAACAAGGCAUAGCAAUACUUAAUAAAGCAAUUCAAGCAUGCUCUGAAGAAAUAGAGCGGCACAAGGGAAAACUUACUGUAAAGGAGGCAGCUAGAGCAGUGAGUGAACGGGAGGAUAAACUACUUGCUGAACACAUGGCUAAGCUAGGUCGUGAAAAUGAAGAGGUGAGUGGCGAUGAAGGCAGUGAAGAGGAGGAAGAUAUCGGAAUGGGAGAUAUUGACUUGGAGAACUCUGGCACUGGGAUAGCAGAUUGAGAAUGCAACUUAGGUGAUGACUGAGAUUUUUUUUAUUUUAUUUUUUAAAAAUCUUAUACUGUUACCUUUACUUUUCAACUCGCGAGUGUCUGAACUGAUGUAGAAAACCUGUGUCAAAAGUAACCGCGUUGGUCAUUUUUGAUUUGGCCUAUGUUGGCCAGUGUUCUCUUUUUUGCCAAUAUGAUGUUAAUUCAUUUGCAUUACUGUUCAA